GCAUGUCGAGCGAGCCGAGCGCGUCGGGGACCUCCCCCAGGGCCCAGCGACCCGGGGCCCAGAAGACGUCCGGUGCUGUGACCAAGAAAGGGGAACGCGCGGUUAAGGAGAAGCCGGCGGCCGCCCUGACGCCAGUGGGCGAGGAGGAGCCCAAAAAUCCCGAGGAGUACCAGUGCACCGGUGUGCUGGAGACCGACUUCGCCGAGCUCUGCACCCGCUCGGGCUACACGGACUUCCCCAAAGUCGUCACCCGGCCUCGCCCCCACCCGAACUUCGUCCCCUCCUCCUCCAUGUCGGAAAAGCCCACGCUAGACGACCAGCGGCUGAUGUCGGGGUCCUGCAGCCUCACCAGCCUGGAGAGCAAGUACGUGUUCUUCCGGCCCACCAUCCAGGUGGAGCUGGAGCAGGAGGACAGCAAGGCAGUGAAGGAAAUCUACAUCCGCGGUUGGAAGGUGGAGGAUCGGAUUCUGGGCAUAUUCUCCAAAUGUCUGCCCUCCCUCAGCCAGCUGCAAGCCAUCAAUUUGUGGAAGGUGGGGAUGACGGACAAGACCCUGACCACCUUCAUAGCCCUGCUGCCUCUCUGCUCGCCCACGCUCAGGAAGGUGUCCCUGGAGGGGAACCCGCUGCCGGAGCAGUCCUACCACAAGCUCAUGGGGCUGGACAGCACGAUCGCGCACUUGUCUCUGCGGAACAACAAGAUCGACGACCACGGAGCACACCUGCUGGCCCGGGCGCUGUCCACGCUGCACAGCUGCAACCGGACUCUCGUCUCGCUCAACCUGGGCUUCAACCACAUCGGCGAUGAGGGCGCGGGCUACAUCGCCAACGGUCUCCGGCUGAACCGCUCCCUGCUCUGGCUGUCGCUGGCGCACAACCGCAUCCAGGACAAGGGCGCCCUGAAGCUGGCAGAGGUCCUGCGCCCCUUCGAGCUGACGCACACGGAGGUGGUGGAGCGCCGGCGCCUGCUCCUGGAGAAAGGGUCGCAGGAACGCUCGCGAUCGCCCUCCUCCUCCCGUCACGGGGACUCCAAAACCGACAGAGAGAAAUCUCAGAUGACAGGGAUCAGCAGCAUCACGCUAGUGGACAGGCCGGAAAAGUCGCAGACAGGGAAAAUUCCCAAGGGCCUGGGCAAGAAAAAGGAGAAGCCGGGGGAAGUGGUCAAGAAAGAGGAGAAGUCAGGGUCUGGGCAGUCGCCCACCCAGGGAACCCCCAAGAAGGAAGACGCUAUGAAGUCAGGCAAGGGGAAGGUAACCAUCCCCGAUCAGAAGUCAAGCAAGGGAAAAGGCACGAAGACCGGGAGCAAGGAGAAACGCAGCAUCCUCCUGGAGUCCGAGCAGCUGGUUGCCGAAGCUACUGAGAUGGUCAACCCUCUCCUGGAGCCCGUGGAGCACCGAGAUGGGAAAGUUUUCAUGCCUGGGAACAGGGUCCUCCUGCACCUCAACCUCCUCCGAAACCGCAUCACCGAAGUGGGGCUGGAGGGCUUCCUGGCCGCAGUGCAGUACCAGGUGCAGAUCUCCAAGCCUAAGAGCUCCUCCAAGGGCCCGAUGGGGCUGCUGUGGCUGUCCCUAGCGAAAAACUGCUUCGCCCCGCAGUGCCCCACGUAUACCAUGAUCCAGGAGCUGAUGCUGCCGAGGGACCCCAUCAAGGCCAAGCUCAGGGAGGAGGAGGCCGCAGCUUUCCCCUCCUAG